AUGAUAGCAAGUUACGAAGCUAACAAUGAAAAAAUGAUGGACAAUUUAACUGAGAAAGAAGAUUUACUGAAGGUAUGUGGAAGGUAUUUCGUAUUUGGCACAGGAUGUGUUCGCACUGCUUGUUCCUAGUUGUUGUAAGAAGUCUGCAACAAGUUAGUAUCACCUUGUGACAAGGUUGAUGACAGUGACAGACAGUGACGAGGUUGAUGACAGUGACAGACAGGCUACAAGUUGUUCCAGCAAGACUAAUGAGCAAACACUAACAAGUUGUUCAGGAAAACUGUUCGUAACAAGUUGCUAAGAGCUUGUUGACAUCAACUUGUUAACGACUUGUUUCAUGAGGACUUGUUCCAGACUUGUUGAACAACAAGCAGUGCGAACACAUCCUGUUGAGGUUUUUUCGCGUGUGUUUUCUUGCGUUCCAUUGCUCACAUAUUCUACGAUAAUUCCAGGAAAUGUAUGAAAAAGUGGACCGAGUAAGUUCCGAGAAGAAUGGCACCAUUGCGAGAUUACAACAAAAGAUAAACGACUUGAACCUUGACAUUCAG